AUGGCGCUUGUAGUAUCGUUUUUUUUACUUCUUGUGUCAGCAUAUCAAAGCCUGGCAGAGCUAAGUGAAUGUGCUCGUGGCAUGACCAUGGAAGGUUACAAAACAACUCAGUAUGGUGUAUCCGAAGGAUCUCCGAAGGCGAUGAAUGCUAUCACGGCAUGUUUCUGGAUGUCCACCCCGGCUGAAUACGCAAAUAAAUAUUAUCCUACACCGUUGUCCUACAAAGUGAAAGGCGCAACAUGGGGAAAUAAUUUUAUGCUUGAUAUGCAUCCAGAUCUUGUUUUGUAUGUGGGAAAAAUUCAUACAAUUGCUGUCAUAAAAUGCUUGAAAAUUUUGUUAAUUAGCACUGGUGUAAAUCUUGCUGACGGAAAGCUUCAUCAUGUGUGCAUCACGUGGAAAUCGUCCAGCGGUACUUUCGCAGUUUACAAGAACGGUCGUUUUGAGAAAAGUUUAAAAAUAAUCAACAAAGAUAAAGAAAUUGAGGCUGGUGGUACUUGGGUUAUUGGACAAGAUCAAGAUCCCGGAGCAGGAUACGCUUUCCAAAAUAAGGACUCAUUUAAAGGAAAUUUAACAGAAGUGAACAUCUGGGACAGAGUCUUGACCAGUUACGAGAUUAAACGUGUUGCAAAAGAUUGUGGCACGCUUAUUCAAGGCAACAUCAAAAAGUACAGUGACUUCAAAAAGUCCAAGGCCACCAAAUUCAUAGAGCGACUUCCUUGCUGCACUACUUGUGAGUACAGUUUAAACUGCCUGUUAUUCUUGCUGACGUCUAGGAAAUGAAUAAAGAUGUAUCAGAUAA